AUGGCUCCCAAAUUAAAGUUUGCUGAUGGUGAGAAAGUGUUAUGUUUUCAUGGACCGCUAAUUUACGAGGCAAAAUGUCUUAAGAGUUCUGUAACGAAAGAUAAACAUGUGAGGUACCUCAUACAUUACGCGGGAUGGAACAAAAAUUGGGAUGAGUGGGUCCCGGAGAGUCGUGUGCUCAAGUACAAUGAGGCUAACGUGCAGCGGCAAAAGGAAGUCCAGAGAGCACAUUCGGCACAGCCAACUAAGACUAAAAAAACUCCUGCCAAAGGCCGCAAAUCAGAGCCAGCAGCUAGUGCUACACCAGCUCGGGAGGAAUCUAGGGCUUCCACUCCUGCAGGAAAAGAAGUUGAACCAACUCCGACACCAGCGAAGGCAACCAAGACUCAGAGUAAAGAUACUCCAGCGGAUUCGGGCUCUGAUCAGCCUAAGAAGAAGCGCGGCCGCCUAGAUUUGUCCAUUGAAUCGGAGGAGCAGUACCUAGCAAAGGUUGAGGUGAAGAUCAAAAUCCCUGAGGAACUGAAAGUGUGGCUGGUUGACGACUGGGACGUGAUCACACGCCAGCAGAAGUUGGCCAUCCUACCGGCGAAACUUACCGUCUCACAGAUCGUGGACAAUUACCUAGCAUUUAAGAAAUCUAGUAAAUCUCACAACCAGGCUAAAGAGUCUGUCCUACUCGACAUCACAGAAGGAAUCAAAGAAUACUUCAAUGCAACCCUUGGCUCCCAACUCCUUUACAAGUUCGAGAGACCCCAAUACAGCGAAAUUUUACAAGAAUACCCUGACACGCCAAUGGCCCAAAUAUACGGCUCCAUACAUUUGUUAAGGUUGUUCGCCAAAAUGGGACCAAUGUUGGCCUACACGGCAUUGGACGAAAAAUCCUUGCAGCAUGUUCUGACACAUAUACAAGAUUUCCUCAAGUACAUGGUAACUAAUAGAUCUACGCUUUUUAAUCUUCAAGACUACGGCAAUGCAACACCUGAAUAUCAUAGAAAGAUUCAGUAG